GUAAAUUAAUGAAUUGUUCUCUGAUUCCAUCUUUGUGCCCCGAGAAUCAAUAGAAAAUGGGAAAUAAUUGGAUUCCCUCUUCGUCUUCUUCAUUGAUUGUCAGUCUUUUCAUGCUCUUUUCAUGUUUAUUUCGCUGCUGUCAUUCACUCGAGCAACUGGGUGAGUAUAAUACCGCCACCAUAUCCAACGUCAAAUACCCAGAAACCCGGAUCAAGGCUUACGAUUUGCGUUACAUCAGAGUUGAUUUACCACCAUGGUUCUCUAAAAUGUCUGUAGCAUUGGAGUCGGAUGUUGACCUUGAUGUUGAAAAUGCAGAAGAGAUUCCGAAAAGCAGUUUGCCAACGUUUUGUUUCAGAGAAGGCAGCCCCCCACUGGCAGAUGACUCAAACGUUUCUUUCAAAAGUUCAGCAUUAGGUGCUCUUCAAAAUGGAUCUUUUGAAGGACCACUUGAUCUUCAAAAUACGGAACAGUGCUAUCCUAUGCAGAAAAAUAUAACGAUAAUGUUGACAAGCGAGCAGAUAUCUCCAGGGAUAUGGUACUUUGGUCUUUUUAAUGGUGUUGGGGCUACAAGGACACAAUCAAAGAUGAUUGUUAGGGCCCCCGCUUAUUCUUUCGUAGCUAAUGUUAGUGUGGAAGGAUGUGUGACCUCAACAAUGUAUGGGCAGUACUGCAACCAGACUGUCGAACUGCUUUCAUGUGGUCAAUCUGGCAGUUACAAUGACAUGGAAAAUCCUCUAGUUAGUAACUUGUACAAUCAAAGUCUGGUUUCUUGCAGAAACAACUUUGAGACUCCAUGCCUGGGAGAUGGUGAAUUGAAAGCAUACUCCGUAGAAAUAUUCGGAAUAUCAGAACAAUUAACCAUCAGGGCAGAAAAUGUAACGUCCUCUAAUAAGACUGGGAAUUUCAGUGGAAUUGAUUUAAUGUGUUUUGUGCGCCAUGGUGCAAUGGCUUCAGCCUCUCUGCAUGAUUAUUCUGGUAACUUAAAUGAAGCCCCAUUGGUUGUUGGCUCUCCAAAGGUUGGUCGUUGGUAUAUUUGUAUUCUGCCUUUAAAUCUUUCAAAGGAACUGAAGGGAAUUCAAAGUAACAGUACGAAGGUUUGCUAUUCCAUGGAACUGCAACUGCUUCAGUGUCCUCAGGGGAAGGCUGGGCCACAUUGUACAUCAGACAUAUACAUGCUUCAGACGCUUCUCAGGAGAGAUUCUAUUCCUUUUGAAUCCUAUUAUUUGCCUGCUGGUCAGAAAGUGAACUCGGAUGGAGCCAAUUUUCUUCUUGAACCCCUUUUAAGCAACUCCUCAUAUAGUGGACAAGUAGAUAGUAAUUGGACAUACUUUUAUUUGAACAUUCCCUCUGGUGCAGCUGGAGGAAAUCUCCACAUCCGAUUAACUUCAGAUAAAAAGAUAGGUUAUGAAAUAUAUGCUAGAUUUGGUGGAUUACCAUCACUUCAUAACUGGGACUAUUAUUAUGCAAACAAGACAAGCAAUAGUCAAGGCUCCAUAUUUUUCACGUUGUAUAAUUCAAGUGAAGAAAAGGUUGAUUUUUACAUCUUGUAUGCUAGAGAAGGGAUUUGGAAUUUCGGGUUAAGGCAUCCAAUCCCUGUUAGCGGUACUUCUCAUGGUCAGACUACCAUGUCUGUUUCACUUGAAAGAUGCCCCAAAAGAUGCUCCUCUCAUGGUGACUGCAAAUAUGCCUUUGAUGCAAGUGGAUUAACCUUAUUCAGUUUUUGCUCUUGUGAUCGGAACCAUGGAGGUUUUGACUGUAGCAUUGAAAUUGUUUCACGUCAAGGGCACAUAUGGCAAUCGAUUGCCCUUAUUGCAUCAAAUGUUGCGGCAGUAUUUCCUGCCUACUGGGCUCUUCGGCAGAAGGCUUUUGCAGAAUGGGUGCUGUUCACUAGUAGUGGAAUUUCCAGUGCAUUGUAUCAUGCGUGCGAUGUAGGCACAUGGUGUGCAUUAUCCUUCAGCGUCUUACAGUUUAUGGAUUUCUGGCUCUCUUUCAUGGCUGUGGUGAGCACAUUUGUAUACCUAACUACUAUCAGUGAAGUUUAUAAAAGGACAAUAUACACAGUUGUAGCUAUUUUUACUGCCCUCAUGGCCAUAACCAAUGCAACCAGGUCAUCCAAUAUUAUUCUUGUAGUGGCAAUUGGGGCACUAGGUCUUUUUGUUGGGUGGCUGAUAGAGUUUGCCAUUAAGUUUAGAUCCUUUUCCUUUCCUAUGGGAUGCCGUAUACAAAUUCCUGGAAGACAGCAAAUCACAGAAUGGAUGCGAAACUUACUAAAGAGCUUGUUGAGGAGAUUCAGAUGGGGUUUUCUACUAGCAGGAUUUAUUGCAUUGGCCAUGGCUGCAACAAGCUGGCACCUGGAAUCAAGUGAAAGCUACUGGAUUUGGCACAGUGUCUGGCACGUUACCAUAUACACAUCUUCUUUCUUCUUCCUCUGUUCAAAAGUGAUAAACAUAAAUGGUAACAAUGAGAGACCGCAAGAGAGCCACUAUGCACCAGCUCAACAGGAUUUACCAGCUGGCGAAUAAAGACUUCUUCCAGAACUUAAAGUUACAGAUAGAAAGGAAUAAUCCUGUCUCAGUCUUGCAAUGGGGAGAAAAAUUCUUGCUCUUGAAAAUAAGAAAUCUCCCAUUGCCAACAAUUUCAGCAGGCUACGCCUGUAGAUGAGGUGGUUUUCUGGUGUCUUCAGGCUACUUAGGCCGAAGGUCUGGUACCCUUGAUAUAAUAAGCAGAAGGCAUGCCAAUUGAGUCGACAGAGUCACAGAAGCUGUUUUAUAAAUUCUUCUUACUUUUGUCGUUUUGUCCUGGAUAUAUAUAAAUAAAUAAAUAUAUAUAUA